AUGCAGCGUAAAACUUGUAUUAUACCCCGAUAUCCAAAACGCGAUUCCAACACACUGUACUCUCGCAAACCAGACAGUUACACCAUAACCCUCGACAAACGCCCGCUUAAAGUACCCGGCGGAUCACUCCUGGUAAUACCUAAAAAUAGGCGGGCUCUUGCGUAUCUAGUAGCCGGAGAAUGGGAGUCGCAGAACGCAUUACUCAAGCAUCAUUCCUUGCCACUGACGUCUCUUGUUGCAAGAGCGAUUGUCGCGUUUGAGAAAGACUCGGACGAAAAAAAAGAUGCUGUUGAGCGAUUGUUAAAAUAUCUGGAUACUGACAGUAUUUGUUUCCGACACAACCACCCGCAAACACUUGUAGAUCUACAACGGCAGCAUUGGGACCCACUAAUCGAUUGGAUUCAAUCCCACUACUCUGUCCGUAUUAACACUACGGAAGGUAUUUUCAAGCAUCCGCAUCCAUCCGAGACAUACGAAAAACUAUCCAACAUCGUUUCCAAAUUUGAUAGCUUGAAAUUGGCUGCGUUCGAACGAGCCGCGAUGCUAUCAAAGUCUUUUAUAAUCGGCCUUGGACUGGUCGAGAGACGUCUCAGCGUGGAAGAGGCUGUACAGGCAGCACAGGUGGAAGUAAACGCGCAGAUUAUGGGUUGGGGUGAGGUGGAAGAUGCUCAUGAUGUUGAUCGAGAGGAUAUUAGAAGGCAACUGGGAUCUGUUGUAGUUGCACUAAUUAAUGAGAACGUUCAAUAG